UCACUCUCUUCCCAGGGUAGUGCUAUGCAGGAUUCCUUUGCUUCAUGAAAUUUAGCAUGUAGAGCCAAGGAGCCACACGCCAUGCUGGUGUGGUUCUGCCCAUUCCCAGGGCCAUAACGGGAGCAGGAGAUACGCCCUUGAGAAUCCUGCUGCGUGGCUGGUUCUGGCAUCAGGAUGCAGUUUUGCUAUUGCAGUCAGCAAGAGCAUUUACUGGUGGUGGUGGUAAGGAGAGUGACAGUAAUGAACAGCGGACUAAGUGGAGCACUGCUCAACUACAUAAUUCUUUACAGUUUUCAAGGCAAAUUAAUCCUUGGUACAGCAUCAGUAUUUGUGGUUGCAGCUAGAAUGAAUUAAUCCUUAUGCUUUUUAUGGUUUAGUAUUUGGUGACUAAAAAGCGAAUGGUGAGUUGGUUGCAGUCGUUUCCAUUCCUGUGAAGUAGCGCAUCUGUUAGUUUUAAAGGUGUCUAAAAUACACCUAGCGGGUAGUGAGCUUUAUAUGAACUUAAAAGCGUUUUCUGUCACUGUUACAGAGGGUCCUUUGCUGACAGAGGCAAAGAGAACCCCUUUAGAUCAAAGCCUUAAAAAAUAAAGGGCAUGGAUGCCUUCUGGAGGAGGUAGCAGAUUCUUGCUCUCAUCCUCUGCUGUGAAACUCAAGAUCUUGUAUUCACCACGUGUCCAAAACCUAAUGUUUUUAGGUAGUGUCAUGUGUGUUUAUGGAAGGACUUCUGUCAGCUGUUUUGCGUCUUUGAAUGCCAUUAUUUUUCACUGGACUGGAGUAUGUUUCUGUGUGAUUAGUUUACUAGGUCUUAAAAAUAAUUAAAAUGUGAUUAGAAGAGAAUAUAAUUGGUUAGGAAUGGAGAGACAAAUCAGGUGUAAACCUUAGCCUGCAGGGACCAUUAAAAAUACAAAACUAAAUUAAGAACAAAUAAUUUGGAAAACACAUAGCUUGCUAUUCCCAAAAUCAAGCUGCUCAGAAACAAUGAAAAAACAAGGGGAAAAAAAGCAACAUAGAAGAAGAAAAAAGAGGUAAGCCAACUUAAAACUGAAACGACAAACAGGAUGUUUUUGUACUUAAAAUGUUGAAAAGGUGGGGUUUUUUCCACAAUUUGUUUAACGUGCGGGAUUUGAAGCUGUUUCAGUUAGUUAAUUUGGACAUCUUCUCACUACUUGUCCUCUCAGUUUCUGGACAGGUAAACAUUGUUUCUAAUGCUGACAUCUGGAAACUAGGAGGCCCCAACUUUUUGUUCUCUUCUCACAGUAAUACAGAGGCCAAAAAACUUGUCCUUUGUAAUACCUGCUACUUCUAUAGCAUGUUUUCAGAGGAGUCACAAAGCUCUUUAAGUAUCUUCACACUGAACUAGAGGGACUAUUGAUCCCACCUAAUUUGUCUGUAACGUGGGUACCAGAAACAAUGUACUGAAAAUUUGAACAGGGUUCAGCAAGUCAGAGAGCCAUGGCAUCUUGAGGCAACUCCUGUUGAACUUGGUAGGAGUUCUUACUUUGUGUAGAAAUGUCAUAGAGGAAGCUCAUUUUCCUUCUUGGGGAGGCAGAAUUUCCCAAGCUUGGUUUAGUUUCUUUAUUUGUAAGUUACGUUUUGUCAGUAGGUUUUUUUGCUGCCAAUCCCUUAGCAUGCUUGAGAUCUGCUUGCUGCUUUCUUCCAGCUGAAGGAAAGCCAGCUGAAGAGGUGACUGCCCUCAGCUUGCCUCAACUGGUAAUUAUUAGAGUGGGAAGAACCUGUCAGGUAAGGUGUUUAAGUUAACCUAACCCACGCAUCACUGAAGGAAAGAACAGAGAUGCGUAAGAGGAUGAGGUAGAUGGAGGGCUCUGUAACCUUCAGGUGAGGGGUGGUGACAAGCAGCUGGCAACAGUGGCCUAUUGAGCCGGUGCCAGGGAGGAACGCUGCAGGUGAGACCUCCCUCCUACACCUUUCUUGUGUCUGAAGGCAGGGUCCAGUGACUCCUCUCCACUAUGACACCCAUGCUCUUGUCUUGAUUUGCAUCCAGGCUGCCCCCCCUUUGAUCACGUGGUUUCUGAAUUCCUUCUCUCUGUCCAGCACUGGAAUUUAUUUUCUUUUUUUUCCCCCACAGUCACCCACUAGCCCACUGUCCAAGGUUCCUGUCAGUUGGUGUUAAUGAUUUUCACUCAUUUUCAACCUACUUUUUUUUUUUUUUACAGAUGGACUAUUUUCAUGCUUUGGUUUUAUUUCUCCUUCACACUCUGCUCUUUCACCUGCUUUCAUGUUCCAGGGUCAGUUGUGCCAGUCCUCCGCACUGGGCCACCACUUGCUUUGCAUUCCAGAGUCAGUCACUGCAGAAACCCAGUGAAGCAGUCGACAAUCAACGCACACUGCACUCUAGUGCAGAGGAAUGCCUUUGACAGUGACUGAAAUGGCAGCUUCUCUGGGGAAGAACUUACUUCAGACUGCAAAGAAAAGGAUCCUACAACAGAGAAGGGCAUCACUGUAUACUGGUGCUCAAGGUUAUCACGAAGAGUUGAUAAAGAAGAAACUUCAGCAGUUUGCUGGUGGAUCUAUCAACCUCUCCAAAGAAGACAGUGGUAUUGGAAUACUUUCUUUGAACAACCUGAAGCUAAUGAAUGCCUUUACAGGCACUAUGAUGCUAGAACUCCAGGAGAGGGUAACCGAACUGGAAAACUGGAAGGAUGGCAAAGGCCUUAUCAUCUAUGGUGCAGGAAACACCUUUUGCUCAGGUUCUGAUUUGAAUGCUGUCAAAGCAAUAUCCAACUCCCAGGAUGGGAUGAAUAUGUGCAUGUUUAUGCAAAACACCUUAACCAGACUUAUGAGAUUGCCUCUGAUCAGUGUUGCACUAGUCCAAGGAAAAGCUGUUGGAGGAGGAGCAGAACUUACCACGGCAUGUGAUUUCAGGUUGAUGACGCCUGGAAGUGAAAUUCGAUUUGUCCAUAAGCACAUGGGUCUGGUGCCGGGCUGGGGAGGAGCUGCCCGCCUGGUGCGGCUCGUUGGCAGCAGGGCUGCCCUCCGGCUGCUGAGCGGGGCUAUGGGAGUGGACCCCGAGAGGGCUUUGCGCCUUGGCCUUUCAGAGGAGACCCUGUCAUCUUCAGAUGAAACCAGAGCGUUAGAAGAAGCCCGAGCCUGGCUGAGUCAGUACACAGAGGGUCCGGCCAGCGUGAUUCGGGCUGUGAAAAUGGUGGUGACAGCGGGAAGAGAGCUACCAGUGGAAGAUGCCCUAAGGACAGAGAAGGACAUUUUUGGAACUGUAUGGGGUGGGCCUGCCAAUUUGCAGGCAUUGGUUAGAAGACCAAAACAUAAAUGACAGCGAAUGCAUAAGAAAUGUUCUUGACUUUUUUGCAAACAAAGCUUUCAGUAAAGCAGGCAUUAAACUGAAUUAUUUAAGGACUUGCUUAUUUAAACUGGCAUUAACAUUCCUGUCAUUCACGUCAGGCAGACAUAUUUGGUGUGCAACCACAGAGAAAUCCCCAGCAGAUUCUUUACUGUCCUAAUCACCCACCAAAUGGAGAUUAGUGAAAUUAGUAUGUAAAGGUAAAUACUGUGCUGAGAAUAGAACUAUAAUUCUUUUGGAAUGAGGCUGAAGAUUACUUUCCUUGGAGUUAAUUUUGCUUUUCUAACUGUAAUGGAAAUGAAUUGCUUGGAAGAUAGGAGGUUGGUUUGUUUGCAGAACAGGUACAUCUAAAGCUGCAAAAUACAAGUUCCCCAACAUAAGACCUGUGUCUUUAAGCAGCUUUGAAAGGAUGAUAGGUUGUUUUUUUUUUUCAGCUUCAGCCAGUUCCUUGUAUAAUUGCUGAGAAAAGUAUCCAAGGAUAAUUCUGUUUUAAUGGUGAUUUUUACAGGAGCAACUCUUAACUCAUUGAGGAGCUUAUUGCCCUCAUUCACUGACACUGAUUCAGGUCUUUAAAUGCAUUUAGGUGUCUUCUCACUGCUUGAGGAAUCAACUACCUACAUACACAUCUGCACAUUCCCAUAGCCUGGGUCUGUGCUGCUGAGCACAUGCAAAGCUGCUGACCUGAUUCUUUAUACAGAAUCUAGUUGAAAUCUUGGAAGGCCAUGAUGUAUCACACCUCCAAAAUGGGAUGUCCUUGACUGACUGGGUUGUUAAAGUACUUCAGCAUUCUGGGAAGACUUGUGUAUAGAUCCAUCUAUGCCUUACUUCAGUUGUUUUAGGGGUAGGGCAUAUUUGGGCUGACCAGAACUCGGUCUCCACUUCAUGCUGGUGCCUGUGCAAGUCAUUAGAUAACUCAGUGGGGAGGGUUUUCCCUUUAGAAAUUAGAAGCUGACAGUCCCUCCAUUGGCAGAUGAUUCUUAAAAUGAAACAUCUGUAAAAGCAAAAGCACACAGACAUAUUCAUGACUGAGAGUUUUCUGUACUGUUGGUUAGGGUGCACUUGUCUCUAAAUCCAGUAGGGGCUGAGAUCUGAGCCCAGGACCCAGGUACACCAGGGGAGCAUGUUAAGGAGGAAACUUUGAGCUACAUGCCACUGACGUGCAUUCUCACUCCGACCAGGCAUAACUAACUCUACAUAGGAACAACCUCCCUUUGGAAAGGGAGGCAAUUCCUUGGAUGGAAAUAUGUUACAAUUUCUGCAGCAUGGCAGGGUUCCUGAGGUUUAGACAGCAAGGUAAUUGUACAUACGUUUGAGGAUCUUGGGACAGAUCAAUGAUGGGAAUUAGGCCUGGAUUGCUUGUUAAGGUUCUGCAGCUUUCACGCAGGUGCUGUGCUCUGCUGGGCAUGUUUUACUUUAUGGCUUUCACAGCAGGGAGUGUGUAUAGCCUGAAGCAACCAAAAGAAGGGGAUGUGUUUUGAGCUGGCACCUCAGGGAGGAUAAGGAACUUGCUCUGCCCUGUUACUACCUGGUUGCUUUCACACCUGAAGCUGCUGCUGAACAAAGAUUUCAAAUCUCUCUUCCCCAAAAAUAAAGUUCAAUUUCUACUUCCAGGUCAGAGAAGAGACAAGAACGGAAACAAGGGGAGAGAUCUGGUUUGUCCUUCUUUCACCCCACCCUGCCUUUUUAUCCAACAGCUUGGUUAUUAGGCCCUGCUGCAGCUGGAUUCUCUCCUAUGCUCUAAAGGACUUCAAACCCAUGACUUCUGAAGUGCAGAUGUUUUAAUAUAGUCAGGCAGUACUUGACUGUUUAGAAUGAGACUGUUCUGCUUUUCGUGAAGUUCCUCAAGACUUGUGAGGGAUUCCAGACUGCCAACAUCACUGAGCUUUCAGAGCAUGCUCCAGUCCAUACUCAUCCAACUUUUUGAAGCAAUAGCACAUCACAUUGUCAUGAGUCAAAAAAAAAUUGUGCUUUAAAGGGCAACUGGUUAUUUCUUUGCGAGUAACAAAAAUAAAGUUGCCAUUGCUAAUACUGCGAUUAUGUUUUUUAAAUGGGUGUGAAAAUUCCUUAGAACCCGAGCAAGAUCCUUGAAUAGCUAUUUUUUUUCUCUAUUUUUCAGGUGCCAGGCUGUAGGGCUCAUUAGUGCACAUGGUGAUAUAAAUCUGAAAGGGAGGAGAUUGUAGCAGAAAAGCAGAAUCUGUUUUACUCACAUGUUUUGAACUAGACCUGUGCUGCCAGUAAGUGAAAUUCAGUGUGUACGCCUGUUGGGGACCUCUUUCCAUUUUGAUUUGUAGACAAUGAGCUUACUUCUCAUUUCAGCGAACACAUUUCCCCAGCCAUCCUCUCCAAUUUGUAUCAAAGGCAAACGUUGGCUUUCAAGAACAGGACAAAUAAUUAACUAGUACCGAGUAAGACAUUUUCAGAAAAGGUUACAGAAACUCAUUUUGUCCUCUGGUCUGUUGGAAUCACAAAUAUACCAAACAUAGCUACAGGAGAUUCUGAAGAUAAUGACAAGUGUUUGUUUUGAUCAAGGAUUUUGUGAACAGGCUACUAGCAUAUUCUCUGGUUUCUUUUCUGUUUUAAAAGCAGGUACAGCCCUUUGUAUGCAAACCAGCCUAACUAAAUUACCAUGAGCGCCUGCACGAGAUGAAAUGGAAUCCCAUUUUAGCAAUUUCAAAUCUAAAUGCCUUAUUUCAUAGAAUACUAGCUUAUCAUCUUAAAGUGAAAUACUUGUUACCAGCAGCUGAUAAGCAUUUGUAUUUUCUUUACAAUUACUGAAGACUACAAGAUUCAUUGUUUUUGUUCCCCUUCAGAAAUGGCCUAAAAACAAACAAGCACUAAAUGCACAAAAUAAAUUAGAAACCUCAGAAUUGAUACUCCCA